CAUCGGUGGUGCGGAUUUUUCGUAGGCCUCUCGACCAUUGUGUCGAUGCCCCAAUUGGUGAAGGGCGAAGCGACCGAUUCAAAGACCUGGAGCCCAACCACAACGUUUUGGUGAAAAGUGUAUAAAAGUAGUACGCCCUGGUGAAAUUGCAAACAGUAGUCAGUGCAAUUUCCUUCCAAACACAUUUCCUCGUAGGCGAAGGCGUUGGCGUAGAAAGGCGAAAGGCGAUCCACUUAUCCAUCGCUUUAUUCGAGCUACAAGUGGGAAUCGGUUGGAAAAGUUAAUUCGGAAGAGCAGCAGCAUCCAUCGAAGUUCUUUGCAUCCUCCUCAGUAGAAGCAGCAGUGAAUCGUAUUGACCAAUCAAAUGGACUGUGAAUAGCCUAUUUGGCAGAAGAACCUUGAAAGUGCGCGGUCGACGAAGAUGUGGAAAAUUCUCAACCUUUGCGUGCUGCUUUCAACACACUACCUAAGAACAGCAAAUGCUGGGUCAUACAUCGAUAAUGUCAUCGAAGAGCAGCACAGAGUCAUCAAUGAGAUGAACCAGAACUUCACGGAUCUGGAGAAGGUCAGCGAAAAGCUUAUAAAUCUGGGUACAUUUGUCGGAAGCCACAAAGUCCCGCCCAAAACAGUUAAAAUUACCAAGACGGUUGCGGUAAAAGUACCCGUGCCAUAUCCCGUAAAAAUCCCACACCCCGUGCCGGUGCCUAUUCCGGUUAGUAAGCCUGUUCCCGUACCAGUACCGAAAAUCAUAAAGGUUCCCGAAGCAUCGCCUUUGCCGACUGCCCCUAGUUACGCAACUACACCGGAAACAAUUCCGACGGCUGUUGCUCUAACCAGUAGGUCGCUAGAACCGUCUGGAAAUUCAUACUUGUUGUCAGGGGAACAAGAAACGGCCCACUCCAAUAACCACGAACAGAUUCAAGAGUUCGUCCGGUCUUACCCUGUGCAUUCUGUAUACGAUGCUGGAGUAGACUACAAUCCAUACAUGGGCAACAGGCUAGCGAAAUCGAAACAAGUUGCUUCUGCAUCUGAAGAUCAACCUACAAAGUAUCGUGGAUCAGACCUUGAGCAGUUACAGGAAUAUCGAGAACCAAGUCAAAAAUAUUCAAACGAUAAGCACAGUUACGCGGGUUACCGUUCAACGGCUCAGCCACAAGCGACAGCAAGUCCCUCCCAUGCCUAUCAUGAAUACACCUAUUCUACUGGACACCCGCAGCCAAGCCCUUCCCCUAGCCAAGACUUCCAUCCUGAAGUUAUUCCAAACUCCUAUAGAACCCCAACGAAGUCAACCUAUUUUUCGAAGGAAUAUGAAAAAUAUCCCACACCCAAAUUUCCCAGGCCAACAAGCUCUGCAUAUCCCACUAGUCCCACAUACAGUACCCAAGACGUAUCUUAUGGAGAGGAAGAACAGCAAUACGAAGGGCAUAACUACAAAAUACAACACCAUAGACCAACUCCAACUGCAGCAGCUGUUCAAUCCGUGAGAGAUUCUUAUCCCCGUUACGAAAAACCAAAUUUGCAACAUUAUGAGUACCAGAAACCCACAGGUGAAAGUUACCGUCAUCACUACGAAAAAGAAACUGUUAGCGCAAGUCAUCCCCAAAAAUCCCUGAAGUAUGUCGAACAUUAUCAAAGGCCAACUGCCGUGAGCUACUCUCCAAAAUAUCACGAGGAAGAGCAUCAAGAACACCAAGCUGAACCUUCGGCUCAUUAUAAACAACACGAGGAACAUGGCGAAACCUAUUUGGCGCAUGACGAAACUUAUUCUGAACACAAAACUCCUUCCGAACAAUACGAGUCCCAGGAUCUUUAUGCAAAGCCUAGCGCCACCCCAGAGGCCUAUUCUCAAUAUGAACACAAAGAGCCACAAUACACCCCUCAAGAGUACAAAACAUAUUACGCCAAGCCCACUCCCGUUUCUGAAGCCCUUACUUACUUAGAGGAAAAUGAACCCUCCCACAACACAGAACACGUUGUCCACGUAAAACCACAAAGCUAUCGAUAUAAAUCUCAGAAAGACCACAAACUGCAGUACCCUUCGAAAUCCAACACCAUUCCCUACAACUUCCCCAGCGACUCCCACCUACAUCCAUCCUACUCCGAGUCUGCACCCGCCACCAAACACAAACCCACGCACUAUUACUCUUCCAAUCCGGACCAUUCAUUCGAUGAAGAAUCGAGACCCGAGCCUAAGUACUAUCACCACCCCCACCAGGACAGCCCAAGCCCUUCCCCAUCGAGUCACAUAACUUCCUACGACCAUGCGCUGGUCAGCGGAAACGAAUAUCACCACCAUCGCCAGUAUGCGCGGCCGUCAGCACCGUCCCAUCACCACGACGAGACAUCGGCGCACGCCGACGGUAGCGACAUCGAAUCGGCCCCUUCGAAAGAUCACGAAGCCUACGAGCGGGCCGUGGAGCAAAGCCACCGAGCGGCGCACCCCAACGAGUACGCUGAGUAUAGCCACGAGCACCUGCACCAUCAUCAUCCUGCCGCAGGUCGGGAGGACGGCGGAAGGGAUUAUUAGCUCCGUUGCGUGCGACCCGUCAGCUUCCGCGCGCGCGGCUGCAGAGACGUGGCGAUCGACUGAUAAUUGUAAAAUCAUCUGAGCCUCUACUCAAUAUUUAUUACUCACGUCAACCUCAGAACAACCAUCGCGCAUUGUACGCCUGUUUGAAUUGUCUCGCGCUGCUUCGUCGUGCGAUGGUGAUCAAUAAAGAGCCAAACUCUCAUGUGUCGCUUCCCAUUUCAUAAUGCUUCGGUUUCAUCCACAUGUGCCCAUGAUAGCGGUUCGAUGAAUCUUGGAGCAGAAGAAUCUCAGUACUUACGCUAAUUGUUAACUAGUUGGUAAGUUGAGUGCGACAAAUAUUAGCAACGUGCUAACGACGGAUUCCAAUUGCGAAAUGAAACAAUAAAAUAAUAAUUUAUGUAUAGUUUAAUAUUUUGUGUGAUGCUUAUUCCGAGAGAAAUAUCGUAUACCACCAUCGUGAGAUACAAAUGAGUCAAUAAUUCAAUAAAUUUUAGAACUAUCCGGAUGAUGAUAACGCAAUAUGCGACAGAAUAUAAAAAAAUAAAAUUUUGUUU